GCGGUGUGGAGAGCGCGGUGAGGGGUGUGCCUUCGGUUCCUAAACACCACGGUUUGUCACCCGGGUUGGAUUUCUGCUUUCAAACCCGGCUCUGACAGGAUCCUGAGACCUCUGGCCAUCCCCACAGUGCAUCCCCAACUGUCAGUCACUGCAGACUCGGAUCUCAGGACUAGACUGGGUUUGCUGCCGCUCUGUCGCCGCCGGGACAGGUCAGGAUCCAGGCGAGGGUUUCAGCCUUGUGGCCUCUUCCUUCCAAUACAACCUCCCAACUCCGCCGCCCCAGCCAUGGCACAGAAACCCAAGAUAGACCCCCACGUCGGGCGGCUAGGCUACCUGCAGGCGCUGGUCACAGAGUUCCAGGAGACUGAGAGCCAAGACGCCAAGGAGCAAGUCCUCGCCAACCUUGCCAACUUCGCUUAUGACCCGGGCAACUAUCAGUACCUACGGCAACUGCAAGUCCUGGACUUAUUCCUCGAUUCGCUGUCCGAAGAGAAUGAAACCCUCAUCAAGUUUGCUAUUGACUAGGAGGAAGCAGGAUCAGGAGUUCAAGGUCGGGCUCGAGAGAUGGCUCAGCAGUUAAGAGCACUGACUGCUCUUCCGGAGGUCCUGAGUUCAAAUCCCAGCAACCACAUGGUGGCUCACAACCAUCUGUAACGGGAUUUGUCCUCUUCUGGUGCGUCUGAGAACAGCCACAGUGUAGUCAUAUAUAAAUAAAUAAAAUUAAAAAAAAAAAAAGGAGUUCAAGGUCAGCCUCCGUUACACAGUGAGUUUGAGGCAAGCCUCAGUUUGCAGGACCCUGACGUAAAGCCCUCUACAAGAGCACACCAUUGGUCCCAGCACUCAGGAUGCAGAGCCAGAGGGAUCUCUGUACAUUCCAGGCUAGCUAGGAUCUACAUAGUGAGUACUUCUUAAAAAAAUAAAAGUAAGGGGCUGGAGAGAUGGCUCAGUGGUUAAGAGCACUGACUGCCCUUCCAGAGGUCCUGAGUUCAAUUCCCAGCACCCACAUGGUGGCUCACAAUCAUCUGUAAUGGGAUCUGAUGCCCUCUUCUGGUGUGUCUGAAGACGGCUACAGUGCACUAUAAAAUAGCCAGGUGGUUGUGGCGCAUACCUUUAAUCAUAGCACUUGGGAAACAGAAGCAGUCGGAUUUUUGUGAGUUCAAGGCCAGCCUGGUCUACAGAGUGAGUUCCAGGACAGCCCAGGCUAAAUCCUAUCUUAAAAAACCAAGUGUGCCCCACUGUUGUUGCCCUCUGAAUGAGUGGCCGUCCUUCUGCCUAGGUCAUGGAGCUCCUCCAGAGUAGACAGCCUGCCAACUCUGGAGAAAUUUGCCCAGGCACAGAGAUGCUCCUCCUGCUCCAGACAGCAUCUGCCCUGCUGGCUCCUCUGCCAGCCCGGAGGCUCCACGGGAGGGCUCUGCUCUCUGGGCAGUUUCCCUGAGUGAUGCCUGCCCCGCCCCUCGGGAUCUGUCUGUAUCAGCACUGUUCUUGCCCCUGUCCUUUCUGUCUUCACACAGUCUAAGGCUCCAGUCUCAAGUGCGGCUCCAGCUCUCGUCCUUGAAUGUCUGGGGCGCUGUGUUGAUCUGAUUGCUCUUGUAUUUAUCGUAUACAACGGAAAAGGAGAGUCCCAGUGGGACCCAGACACAGAUUCGGUGAUUGUCGUCAUUCCCACCCUUGGACCGCCUCUGGCACUAAGAGGGGGCCCUGCCGAGUCCCUGCUUGGCUGCUGAAAGCACCGUCCAUCCAUCCGUCCCCCGGAGCUUCUGGUCUGUGCCCGGGGAGCACUUAGGGUGGAGCUCUAAACCCGGCUAUGCUCAGCUCUGCAGUUCAAGAUGCCUCCAUGCUUUGGCCUAGGGCGGAAGAUGGCAGAGGCCUUAUGAAGGGCUGGUUCUGCAACAACCAGGCAAGAGAUGAGCUGGGUCAGACUGUCUUUGGCCAUGUCUCCCAGAACCCAAACCAAUGUCGGUCUGUUAGCAAGUAGCACGUGGGCUGGAUAUUCAUGGCCUGGGUUGGGGAUCAGACAUGCCUAGGUUCAGUUACCGUCUGGGUGUAAUUUCCCUUCAGUCACCUGUCAGAGGGAGACUGUGAGUAGCUACUUACGGAGGGAAUGAAGUAACUGGCCUUGUAGGGUCAUUGCGUGCAACUACAGGAUCCUCUAGGCCUCCACCCAGGGACUUGAAUCCAGAUCGCUUUACAGGUAACCUCUUCCAGGUAGGAUGGGACAAUAUCCCAUCGGGGAACCCACCCUUCUGUUCAGAGAUCCUUGCCCUCUAGAAAAGUACCCCGUGUAAUGGGGUACAGUAGAAUGUGGAUCCGUAGCCCGACUGUAAAAGGCCUGGUGUGAGCAUGCUGGUUGACUGUCUGACUAUUCCAGGCCAUGGCUAUUAGCGCCUGUGAUACUGCCAUGCGGUGAGGGUGCUGGUCAGUGUGUGGGUGUUGUCACCUCUCCCCCUGGAGAUAGAUGUGCUUGUUAGCAGCUAGGAGAUCUAGUGGAAUCCAGUGGACUCUGGCUGGUAGCCUGAGGAACCUCCACCCAGAAAAAUCUGUGUCCUUAGAAAGAAUUUCAAGAUGGGUCAGAGUUAAAAGUUAGCAAGUUAGGGGUUGGGGAUUUAGCUCAGUGGUAGAGCGCUUACCUAGGAAGCGCAGGGCCCUGGGUUCGGUCCCCAGCUCCGAAAAAAAAAAUAACCAAAAAAAAAAAAAAAAAGUUAGCAAGUUAGUAGAAACGAGAUCUUUCUUCCAUGGUGUAGGUCUGAGUGUGGUCAUUCAGAGAGAGGAUGCUUAGGAGCUCACCCAAGACGUGGGUGCAGGGGAGGUGAUUAUGUGGCUGCUCAAAGGAUCUCACAACCGUGUUCAAAGAUCUAGCGAAGUUUAAGGGCUAUGUUUAAAACUAAGUAAAGGGUUGGGGAUUUAGCUCAGUGGUAGAGUGCCCUGGGCUCUGUCCCCAGCUCCGAAAAAAAGAAAAGAAAAAAACAAAACAAAAACAAAAAAACAAAAAAAGUGAAGGGCUAGUGAGGUUGCUCAGUGGGGAGAGGCAUUUGCUACCUAGCCUGACAACACUCUAGUCCCCAGGACCCCACUGUAGAAGGAGAGAAGUAACUCCCCCAAGUCAUCCUGAUACAUGCAUACCUCUGCCUCUCUGAGGCUGGGGGCCUCAGGUCUGCUGGAGCCUCUGUGUGGCUGUAGUUAUUCCCUAGCUAUGGUAAUAGCCUGAGAGUCACAGUCGUCCCUGGCCAGCAUAGGCUGGUCUGGCUGUCGUUUGGGGGUGGGGGGUGGCAUUCUCCCCUGCAAAGCAAAUGGGACGGAGCCCUCCUUGCACACCAGCAUGCCUCUCCUCAGCAAACUUGACUCCCAUAUUGAAAUAACCAGAGCCAGGUGCUACCCUAGGCUCCAGGCUCAAGUUCUAUGCCCAGGACACCCAGCAGACACCCAGACCAAGUUCAGCUCCAAGGCCUCAUUCUCCCUUGUUUGUCCCUGUCACAGUUAGGAGUUGCCUGCUGCCCCUGGUGAUGCCCAGAGCUCAGGGUCACAUUUAAUCACAGAGGAACUAGCAGCCACUUAGUUGUAGGAAAGCUGCCCAUGAUUGCAACUUUGUCUGAGCCGUGGAUGGAUUAAGAGGAACCAGCUCUAAAGCCAGGAUCUCAGUAACACUCGAGAGUGCGUGAAGCUGCAGUUAAAAACAUCCUGUGCAGCUGUCCUGGGACAGCAUGGAGAUGCAGAGAAAUGACAGGAGGAUUUUGCUUCUCUGAAAACUUAUUCUUAGGAUGCCACAGGGUACUUGUCAGUUUCGUUGCUAAGGCUGAAUUCAUUCCUCUGAAAAGUCGGAUUAAAUUGACUUCCUACAUCUUGCAAUACAUAUGACUGCCACCAGGUGGUGGCAGUGCUCAAUGGCUAAGUCCUCCACUGCCUCUUUGGAAGGCAACAGUGUAUGUCCAUGGUAAUUAAUGUCUUAGACACUUGAAAGAGUUGUUCUUCUUUUCUUAUUUAUUUCUUAUUAUUUUUAUGUGCAUUUGUGUUUUGCCUGCAUGUGUGUCUGUGUGAGGGUGUUGGAUCUCCUGGAGCUGGUAUUGUAGACAGUGUGAACUACCGUGUAGGUGCUGACCUGAACCCGAUCCCCUUAAAGAUCAGCCAGUGCUCUUGACCUCUGAGUCACCUCUCCAGCCCUGUCCUUUUAUUUUCCAGUAAAGUAUAGUGUCAUAUGUGCACAGUCCCAGC